GACCUUGUAAACUUGGAGCCAUGUUCUUUGAAAAUUCCGCUGUCAAAAUGAAAUGAAAGCCGGCCACUGCUACACCUCUCCCAAGUUGAAGCUCACCAUCUCAAACUGCCACCCACCCUCAUCUCCUGCCCCUUCCGUAUCACUUUUACUCUUUCUCUCUCCGGACUUCCAUCCAACGGUAGAUUGCAACCCGUCAAUGCUAAGAUUCAGGCCUAGAUGGAUUCGGCCCCCCAUUGAAUCAUUCUAGGUUCGUUCCAUAUUCCGUUCUAACCAUACUCGGCGUUUAUACUUUGUUAUUUUCCCCAUCCCUCUUCGCCUUUUGUCCAAUCCCUAGUCCUAUUCUGAAAUUCCCCUGUUUCGGUUCCUCAUUGGCUAUUUGAGGAUCUACGAGGGAUCUUGUGUGGCUAGUAGCCGCAACUUCCACGCCCGCUCUUGUCGCUACCUCUAGAUUUAUGGAUCCAAAUUUGCCUGGAACUCAUGAUUCCAUGAACGGACACAAAAUAGCUGACGGCACCGUCUUCUCUGAUACAAAUCAAUACCUAAAUCCAGGAGAUGAGUGGAAUCCUGACGAAGAUCAUCAGACCGUUCUUAAUUUCUACCGUGAUAUUUUUCAUCAACCUGAUGUGGGCCCCCUUAGUUAUGCUCCGCACACGAGCUUGGUUUCUGAAGAAGUGCCGCCGAAUCCAUCCCAGAGUGCGAGUCCUGUGGAAGGAGUGCCGCAUGCCCCUUAUUCAGCCGUGACCUCGGCUCCGGAUCCUUCUCUAGAAGACUACGAUUUUUCAGAAACCAUCAAGUACAUGAGCCAAGUUCUUAUGGAAGAGAACUUGGAACAGAAGCCAUGCAUGUUUUAUGAUCCACUCAGUCUAAAACUUACUGAGAAAUCAUUCUAUGAUGCUCUUAGAUACAACAACCCUCACUCCCCUAAUGAGCACCCUCUCCUUGACUUUGUUGAGAGCCCGGAUGGUCAUUCCUCUGGAACUACUACUGAUUCUAGUACUAGCGGUGGCGGCACCAGCACCAGCACCAACGACUUAGAAUUAAGGCCCUCUUCACCAGAGACCUCUGUUUUGGGGGAUCAUGUUUUCCAGUUCAAAUCGCAACCCGUGUCUCAGCAGUCCUCACAAUCUCCAAAUACUUUAACUAAUAUUAGUGAUGGACUGUUGAAUUUGGAUUCUUCUAUUACUCAGCUUUUGGCUCAAAAUAUCUUUAGUGAUGCAGACUCUGUCUCGCAAUUCAAUAGAGGUUUAGAGGAAGCUAGCAAAUUUCUUCCUAGAGGAGCUCAACUCGUCACGGGUCUGGAGAGCACCACAGUUUCUGUACAGUCAAAGGGAGUUGGAGAAAAGGCGACGCUGAAUAAAGAGAAAGAUGCUAGGGAGAAUUUACAUGGGUUAAAGGGUAGAAAGAAUCAUGACCGUGAUGGUAUUGUUGAUGAAGAAGAAGGGAGAAGCAACAAACAGUCAGCAGUGUAUGUUGAUGAGAGUGAAUUAUCGGAAAUGUUUGACAAAGUGUUGCUUAGCGUUGAGAAUGUUCCAUUAUGUGCUGAGCACGAAAGCUUGCACUCUGGAUCAGGGAAAGACGUGCAGCCAAAUGAUCAGGUUGUGGAACCAUCUGAUGGAGGGAAGACACGCUCUAAGAAACAAGGGAGCAAGAAGGAAACGGUGGAUUUGAGGACACUUUUGGUUUCAUGCGCACAAGCCGUGUCUGCCAACGAUAGCAGGACUGCUCAUGAAUUACUAAAACAGAUCAGGCAGCAUUCUUCUCCCUUCGGGGAUGCAUCUCAGAGGGUGGCUCAUUAUUUCGCGAAUGGCCUUGAGGCACGUUUGGUUGGUGGUGGUGCUGGAACUCAGCUUUUUUAUACUUCUCUGAGCUCCAAGAGGAUCUCUGCUGCUGAUAUUUUGAAAGCUUACCAAGUUUCAAUAUCUGCCUCACCUUUUAAGAAGUUUGCACAUUUCUUUGCAAUAAAGAUGAUUUUAAAAGCGGUUGAAAAGGCAGAAACCCUUCAUAUUAUUGAUUUUGGGAUCCUAUAUGGCUUUCAGUGGCCAAUGCUUAUCAAGUUUCUUUCAAUUAGAGCUGGUGGACCUCCCAAGCUACGCAUCACCGGAAUAGAAUUUCCCCAACCUGGCUUUCGUCCAGCAGAAAGAAUUGAGGAAACCGGUCGUCGUCUUGCUAACUAUUGCAGUCGUUUUAAUGUUCCCUUUGAGUACAAAGCUAUAGCAUCACAAAACUGGGAAACCAUCCAAAUUGAAGACCUUAAGAUUGAGAGGAAUGAGGUACUUGCUGUGAACUGCUUGGUGAGGUUUAAGAAUUUACUGGAUGAGACAAUUGAAGUGAAGAGUCCAAGGAAUGCAACUCUAAAUCUGAUAAGGCAGAUGAAACCGGAUCUUUUUAUUCAAUCCAUUCUUAAUGGAUCCUACAAUGCCCCUUUCUUUGUUACACGGUUCAGGGAGGCACUGUUCCAUUUCUCUGCAUUGUAUGAUAUGUUUGAUACUUUGAUACCCCGUGAAAAUCAAUGGAGGUUGAUGCUUGAGAAAGAAAUUUAUGGUCGGGAGGCUAUGAACGUUGUGGCAUGUGAAGGAUUAGAAAGGGUUGAGAGGCCUGAGACAUAUAAACAAUGGCAGGCCAGGGUUACAAGGGCAGGUUUCAAGCAGCUCCCACUGAAUAAGGAGCUUAUGGCCAAGUUCAGGGAAAAGAUGGAGGCAUGGUACCAUAAAGAUUUUGUGUUUGAUGAAGACAACAACUGGAUGCUUCAGGGCUGGAAGGGACGCAUUUUAUAUGCGUCAACUUGUUGGGUUCCAGCAUAAUACUGUGUGGCCUGUCUCAACUUGUGUUGCAAUUCAUGUAACAGAGUAUCAGUUAUCUCCUGUCCGUUCUACACUCAUAGUUCUGUUGAAGUUCUGCGCUAUAAAUAAAACUUGGUGGUUACUUCGGUUUAUGUUGCAA